CGCUAGGCUUUGCUCGGUGCGGCUGCGCACUACUCGGCUUUGGCAGUUCCUCGGUGGGAGCUUGGCAGGCACUGGGGAGUCUCCGGAGCGGGCCGGGCCCGGGGAAGACCCUUGUGUGGCGGUUUCUCAGCAAAGACACUGGACUAGUUUGCACUUUCUUUCUCCAGCUCCUUUUACUGAUGAGGAACCAGAGGCAAACAGGAUUGCCCGGGGUCACCCGGCCAACGAUGGACGGCUCCUUUGUCCAGCACAGCGUCCGGGUGCUGCAGGAGCUCAACAAGCAGCGGGAGAAGGGGCAGUACUGCGACGCCACCCUGGACGUGGGCGGCCUGGUCUUCAAGGCCCACUGGAGCGUGCUGGCCUGCUGCAGCCACUUCUUCCAGAGCCUCUAUGGGGACGGCACCGUGGGCAGCGUCAGCCUCCCCGCCGGCUUUGCCGAGAUCUUCGGCCUGCUGCUGGACUUCUUCUACACCGGCCACCUGGCCCUCACGGCGGGGAACCGGGAGAAGGUGCUCCUGGCAGCGAGGGAGCUCCGCGUGCCCGAGGUCGUGGAGCUGUGCCAGAGCUUCAGGGACCGGGGGGGGCGAGAGCCAGCCGUGCCCGGGGACGUGAACGGCCACCUCAAGCGGCCCCCCGACUCCGAGGAGGAGGACGUGGCCAGAGCGUUCUACGUGGGCCUUGGGGCUCCGCAGCCCUGCUCUCCCCAGAGCCUCCCCGGGGCCAAGCCCGGCCCCCCUAGUCAGAGGGAGAGCCCUUCCUCUCCCCACGAGAGACUCCAGCAAGCUCUGAAGCCGAGCACCCCCCCCAGUCCUGGGGACAAGAACCCUCAAGACUCUAAAGACCCCCAGAGACCCUUGAAGGCAGGAGGGGUCCUGCUGCAGGCUGGUAGUAAUGAGUGGGAAGUGGUGGUCCAAGUCGAGGAUGACGCGGAUGGAGGUGACGUUUCUGAAACAGAGACUGUGCGGACCACCAGGAAGUCCGACCCAGCCCCAAAGCCUGGUGCUCUGGAGCCGGCCCUCAGCCUGGGGCCCCCAGGCACCGAGCCCCCCGGGAACAGAAAAGGUACAGCUGUGCCGGUUGAAUGCCCCACAUGUCAUAAAAAGUUCCUCAGCAAAUAUUAUCUAAAAGUCCACAACAGGAAACACACGGGGGAGAAGCCUUUUGAAUGCCCCAAAUGUGGGAAAUGCUACUUUAGGAAAGAGAAUCUCCUGGAGCAUGAAGCACGGAAUUGCCUGAACCGUUCAGAGCAGGUGUUUACUUGCUCUGUGUGUCAGGAGACUUUCCGGCGGAGGAUGGAGCUGCGCGUUCACAUGGUUUCCCACACUGGGGAAAUGCCCUACAAGUGCUCGUCCUGCUCACAACAAUUCAUGCAGAAAAAGGACUUGCAGAGUCACAUGAUCAAGCUGCACGGGGCCCCCAAGCCCCACGCGUGUCCCACCUGCGCCAAAUGCUUCCUGUCUCGAACAGAGCUUCAGUUACAUGAAGCCUUCAAGCAUCGAGGAGAGAAACUCUUUGUGUGCGAGGAGUGCGGGCAUCGAGCCUCCAGCCGCAACGGCCUCCAGAUGCACAUCAAGGCGAAGCACAGGAACGAGCGCCCGUACGUCUGCGAGUUCUGCAGCCACGCCUUCACGCAGAAGGCCAACCUGAACAUGCACCUGCGCACCCACACGGGGGAGAAGCCCUUCCAGUGCCACCUCUGCGGCAAAACCUUCCGCACCCAAGCCAGCCUGGACAAGCACCACCGCACGCACACCGGCGAGCGGCCCUUCAGCUGCGAGUUCUGCGAGCAGCGCUUCACGGAGAAGGGGCCGCUGCUGAGACACGUGGCCAGCCGCCACCAGGAGGGCCGCCCCCACUUCUGCCAGAUCUGCGGGAAGACCUUCAAAGCCGUGGAGCAGCUGCGAGUGCACGUGCGGAGACACAAGGGCGUGCGCAAGUUCGAGUGCACCGAGUGUGGCUACAAAUUCACCCGCCAGGCACACCUGCGCCGGCACAUGGAGAUCCACGACCGGGUAGAAAAUUACAAUCCCCGUCAGAGGAAGCUUCGGAACCUGGUCAUCGAGGACGAGAAGAUGGUCGUGGUGGCCCUGCAGCCUCCCCCGGAGCUGGAGAUGGGCUCUGCCGAGGUGAUCGUGGAGUCCCUGACGCAGGGAGGACUGGCUCCCCAGCUCCCCGGCCAGAGACUCUGCGCCGAGGAGCACUUCUCUAGCACCGACGUCAUUGAGCAGUCCCUCAUUAUCACUGCCACCAUCCCCGAGGACUGUGAGACAUAGCCCCCCGUCCCGCAGCCCCCCACCCCUGCCCAAUAAAGAUGUCGCUUUGGA